AUGUCUGAGGGGGUUCGGAAGGAGGUGAAGUUGCGGCGACGAUCUUCUUCUGCCCAUCCACUUGGCCAAGGAUCCAAAGUCCGCCCAAGACUACGCAAAGAUACUUUUAUUAAACCGAGAUAUUACGCUAAAGGUAUAGUCAUCUAUUUUUAUAAAAAUAAUGAUUUUGAAGUUUGUAUGUAGACUAUUGUUACAUGAUUCAUUAACUUUUGAGACAUUGGUCAUUCCUUUGUUCACGAUAGUUUUGUUCAUUUCCGAUACCGAUGUAAGAACCCUGUCUCUUUUCAGACCGCAGCUCUCCACCUUCCAGAUCUGAUGUUAUACCCGAACUCCCCCCUUCUCGGCCGCCGCCUACUCCCAUUUUUGUGUCCAUCCGACCGGUCGUUUAUCUGCUGCCGCCUCCCAUUCCCCAAUAUAAAGUGCAAGUAAUUCGUAUUGACAUUCAAUAA